AUGCCAAACUACAAACUCAUUUAUUUUAAUAUGAGGGGGAGAGCAGAAAUUAUUCGUUAUAUAUUUGCCUAUUUGGACAUAAAAUAUGAAGACCACAGAAUAGACCAAGCUGAUUGGCCUGAAAUCAAGUCAACUCUUCCGUUUGGCAAAAUCCCCAUUUUGGAAGUUGACGGACUUAACCUUCACCAGAGUCUAGCAAUAGCAAGAUACUUGACCAGAAACACAGAUUUGGCUGGAAAAACAGAACUUGAACAAUGUCAAGUGGAUGCAAUUGUGGACACACUGGAUGAUUUCAUGUCUCGUUUUCCUUGGGCAGAGAAAAGACAAGAUAUAAAAAAUCAGAUAUUUAAGGAGCUACUUACCUGUGAUGCACCUCCUCUUCUGCAAAGUUUGGACACAUACUUAGGGGAAAACGAGUGGUUUAUUGGUGACUCUGUAACUUGGGCAGACUUCUACUGGGAAAUUUGCAGUACCACACUUUUGGUCUUUAAACCUGAUUUGUUGGACAUCCACCCCAGGCUGGUGACAUUACGGAAGAAAGUCCAAAGCAUUCCUGCCAUCGCUGACUGGAUACUGCGAAGGCCCCAGACCAAACUCUAG